AUGGAUCAUCAUUGCAAUUGUCAUGAAUUUUGUCAUGAUCCUAGCAAUGGAUCCAUCGAAGGAUUAAUGCAAAAUCAAUGUAUUGAUCCUGACCUUGAUCCUAUUGAAGAAAUGCUGUCACAAAUCUCGGUCGAUAUUAAUUCAACAGCAAAACAUCCAUUAGAGAUACUUCUUGAAAAGAAUAUUAAAUGUACAAAACAUUUAACUUCGGCUCUUGAAAAUAUGACUCAGAUUUUAAGUGAAACAUCACCGGAGAUAAAUUUUCUGCCAUAUGCUGAUCAAAGCUAUACAGAAUCAGAAGCACUUAGAGCUCAAAUUGAAGCUCAUAUUGAUUUUAAUUCCAAAUUCGAAGAAAAUAUAUCGCCUCCUCAUUCAGGCUACUUUUAA